CCCAAUCAAAUUGAACGACACUCGACCGUCGUUCAGUCGCAUGGCCGUAUUGCUCUAACUAAACGGUCUGAGAAGUUUCCUCGAGUGCUUCUUCGCCUUUCUAUUCGCAAGAAAAUGGAAGUCUUCAAAUUGCUUUUAUUUUCCUGCUGUUUUCUUGUUUGCACCUGCGAUCCAGCCAAUGAUGGAGAAAAUGCAGGAAAAUUGGCCGAGGGUGAAAAGCGUCUCGGUGAUCAGAUUCGUGCAAUUUUGAAACAUUAUCAGCAAACUGACCCCGUUGGAUUUCCCGGUGCCCCCAUACCGGACCCCAUGCCAGUACCGGACAUGAAACAUUCAUUUUCUAUAUACACGAUGAACUUCAAAGAGAUCAACGUCUACGGGCUUUCAAAAUUCCGUAUCGAUAAUAUACUAUCAGAACUGAAACUAAUGCAGGUUUCGGUGUCCAUCAGUAUAGAGACUUUGAACAUUCGCGGAAAGUACACGCUCGCAUCUUGGUUUUCAAGUUCGAACGGUGAUUUCACGGUAAAGUUAACCGGAGUGAAAGUCCAGGGAGUCGCCAGGUUGGAAGUUGGUACAGAUGGAAAGCUGCAAGCACAGGAUAUUGACAUGGACUUGACUUUCGACACGAUAGACAUGGACUUUAAGAAUCUUGACUUCCUUGGAUCUGUCUUGCAAAGUGUGAUUAAUUCCGUUGGUACAUUUAUAUUCGAUAGUAUCAAGCCCUUCAUCCUUAAAGAAGUAAACACAAAUAUUAGGGGCGAAAUUAAUAAGCAUAUAUCUCAGUUACCACAGUACUUCCCUAAUUCCAUUUCGCCAUUCGACAUGGCGGUGGCGGAAGCACGCAAGCAGGUAUCCCAGAUGGGAUACGAUCCUUACAGAAUUAAAGAUUACACCCAGAGCAUAGGUAUCUUCACAGUGACAUCCUCUCAUACGUGGGUCACUGGGUUGGCAAGUUUUUAUCGUAUGGGUAAUAUAACUGUCACCAUGGAAGAUGCCAAGGUAUACGCACUGGUGGACGUUGGUACCCAAGAGAUAGAAGGAAGGACUCACUGGGAGGUGAGCGUAAUAGGUGGUGCAUUAUCAAGGGCAGGCACCGUGUCCUUCACCAUCGACUAUUUCAGAGUACAAGUUAACCUGAGCCAACCUCUGGAUACUAGGAAGCGAGCAACUUUGGAGGAGUUGAAUCUCGAGUUGGGCAACAUUCAGGCCAGAAUUCACGGAGCUGGCACACUCGAUUACAUCAUGGAAGCCAGCGUGAAUAUAUUGCCAAAUCUAUUAAGGUACCAAAUUAUGGACGCUCUGGAAGGACCCAUCAAGAGACGCAUUCAGGAUGAACUGGACAAGGUCGACGUUGAGAAAUUGAUUCAUGAAAAAAUUCCUGAUAUAGAGGAGAAGGCGAGAUUCCUUCAGGGACUGCCUCCUGUCGAUGACAUUCUCUUGGAAGGACCUCCACCAUCACUUCAAGAUGAAGAAGAUCAAGGACCCUUUUCCGAGAGCGAGGAAGAACGUGGACCAUCGUAGAAAUUCUUUAGAAAUAUAUGUCGUUAUUUUUUUUCUGCACAGUUGCAGGGAAAGCAAAAACUGAAAGAUCGUUACCGUAGAUAGGGUAUUUUAAAUUUAGAGAACUCGACGAAUGUAUCCGUUGUAUUAUUCGCAUCUCUUCUGAAUAGAUUUGUAGAUAUUAAUUAUUUAAGAUAUUUUGAUAAUUUGGGAUAUUCUCUUUGAAGCUCGUUCAUUGCCUUCAUCGUGUAUCCAAGCAUCCAUUUCUUUAUCCUUGAACGUUUAAAUAUAUGUUCAUAGCUGCAAAUUUUAAUAUAAAUAUAUUUUUGAUACAAAAAUUUAAUUAAAAUUACAUGCACUCACCGAAAGGUUAAAGUAUCAGAAAUUCCAGGUUGAUAGAAUUGCGCUUUCGUUAUUAUUCCUUUCUAAAGGAAGUAUCAAACAUCUUGAAAUCCAGAAAGUAUAUAUCAAAGAAAUGGAUAAAAAUUUGUAAAUUAUAAUUUGCGUAAUGGAACGUUAUACCCAACGGGUAUAAAAUAUUGAUUAUAGAUUAUCUAUUUCGUACAUACA